CCGCCAGUUGGCUACCAAACACGCGCCACCGCGGUCGCUAUAAAUCGAACGUUUUCCUCGCGAUAACACGAACUGAAAUAUAUUAACUAAGCAAAUGUGUUUCAUAGUGCUAAUAUUCAAAUUCAACUACUUAUUUUAUUAGUGCUAAUCACUGUUUUGUUUGAUUUAGAAAGGAAAAUAAAUAUUAUAACGGAAGCAUCGACAGUUAUCGUGGAAAACGGCGAGGAGAUAGUAAAAGUUCACAAAAUGAAGUUGCCAAAUGGAACAAACCAAACAUAUUUAAAUGGACCUGACCAAAUAAUACCAGCGGACGAUUACGUAAACUGCACACCGGGUGGCUAUGUCAAACUUCGAAUGGAAUCCCGCGGAGUAGCCUCGGAGCCACCAGUAUCGGUGCCGGGUUUGCUGAGCAGGACGGCAGCAAGAUACCCCGAUGCUACGGCACUGGCCACCAAGAAAAACGGACAAUGGCACAAAAUAACAUACAAACAGUACCAAGAGCGAGUACGCACAAUUGCCAAGGGUUUCCUAAAGUUGGGUCUGGAGCGCUAUCACUCGGUGGGCAUACUUGGAUUUAAUUCAGAAGAAUGGUAUAUUGCUGAUCUAGCUGCUAUCCAUGCUGGAGGUUAUGCGGCGGGUGUCUACACUACGAACUCUCCGGAUGCCUGCUACCACUGCUUGGAGUCGUCGCGAGCCAACAUCUGCGCCGUGCAGGACAAGAAGCAACUAGAGAAGAUACUGUCAGUUCGCAGCAAGUUGAAGCAUUUGAAAGCUAUCGUACAAUGGGAGGGGCCCGUUGAUACCUCUGUGCAGGGAGUUUAUAGCUGGGAACAAGUAAUGGAAAUGGGCGCAAAAGAACCUGAUACCCAACUGAACAGCAUCCUUAAAGGUAUGGCUGUUAACGAAUGCUGCACUCUAGUGUACACUUCCGGUACAGUGGGCCCGCCGAAAGCAGUGAUGCUUUCGCACGACAACCUGACGUGGGACGCGUUCUCUAUAUCCGAGCGUGUGGGCGACCUGGCGCCGACGUACGACCGCCUCGUCUCCUUCCUGCCGCUCAGUCAUGUCGCCGCACAGGUCGUGGAUAUCUACACAACUUUAAUGAACGCGGUGCCGGUGUUCUUCGCCCAACCUGACGCACUAAAAGGCACUCUAGUCGAGACACUAAAGGAAGUUCGUCCAACGAGGUUCUUGGCUGUGCCUCGCGUGUGGGAAAAAAUGUACGAGAAAAUCAUGGCCGUGGGCGCCUCCAGUGGGACUAUCAAACGGAGCAUCGCUUUGUGGGCUAAAGACAGGAGCAUGAAACACCAUGAAGCUAGAAUGAAUGGUUCGUUCUCGGCUGGGAUGAGAGGUCUACCGCUUGACUUCACCACCACCCAAAUGUUUCGUUACUGGUUGGAGGGCAUGGGCUGCGGCUACCGGAUUGCAAGGACGCUGGUAUUCAGCAAGGUGCGCGACCAGCUUGGCUUAGACCAGUGCGAGACGUUCGUGACCGCCGCCGCGCCGCUCUCGCCGGAUAUCAAGAAGUUCUUCCUCUCUCUGGACAUACCCAUUGUAGAUGCGUUCGGCAUGAGCGAGACAGCCGGCGCCCACACACUUAGUAUUUAUCCAAAGCUGAAAUUGGAUUCAUCUGGUGAAAUUUUAACGGGUACGGAGACGAAGUUCGGUGGAGCAAUGAGUCCAAACGGUCCAGGAGAGAUCAUGAUGCGCGGCCGGCACGUGCUGAUGGGCUACCUGAUGGACGAGGAGAAGACGAGGGCCACCAUUGACGAUGAAGGCUGGUUGCACUCCGGAGACAUCGGUAGAGUGGAUAGCAACAACUUGCUAUAUAUCACUGGCAGGAUAAAGGAAUUGUUGAUAACUGCGGGCGGUGAGAACGUGGCGCCGGUGCUGAUCGAGCAGACGAUCCAGACGCAGCUCCCGCACGUGGGCUACGCCGUGCUUAUCGGCGACAGGCGCAAGUUCCUCUCAGUACUGCUCACAUUGAAGGCCAAAAUAAAUACGGAGACUGGCGAUCCUCUGGACGAGCUGGAGACGGAGACGAGGAAGUGGGUGGCGAGUCUCGGUUGCGAGGCGAAAACCAUCAGUGAGAUUGUCAAGAACAAAUACCCGGCGGUGCACAAAGCAAUAGAGGAGGGUAUAGCGCGCGCCAACAAGCAGGCUAUAUCAAACGCACAAAAAGUACAAAAGUUUGCGAUACUCCCCUCAGACUUUUCUAUGAACACAGGAGAGUUGGGACCAACACUUAAAAUAAAGAGGAACGUGGUGUACGAGAAAUACAAGGACAUUAUAGAAGAAUUCUAUAAAGAUUAAGUUUAAUAAUAGUUUAAUGUUAGGGAAUGGGGCUAAGUUGUUACCAAUUGCUCAAUUAGGGGAUAUAGAGCUGGAUCGUUUUUAAUUCUAUUGAACUAAGGGCAGAUGUAAAUAUAUUCUUGUUAAUAU